AUGGACAAAAGCCCAGCACCUUUUCACCGGAAUCGAAGGAGAUUGCCUCGGAAACAGCCUCAGCAUGAAUGCUCCAGUAAAGCCAAUCGACAGCUGGUCAAGAGGAAUCCGUCGUCGUCUUUUGGUGGAACCGACCUGCGAGUCUCUUCACCCAACACUUCCGCUCGAAAUGGAAUACAUGAAGAGUGGGGUGAUUGCAGUCGGCAUCUCAGCCCGCAGACGCGUCAUUCUUGCAUCGCUCUCUCACACCGAACAUGUGCCCUCGGUCGGGCGACUUGGAGGCUGGCUGCGGCCACGUCCGACGCAUCGAGGCGCCCCGGUCGUCGGCUCCAGGAAACCGAGGGAGCCCUCUUCAUCGGCGUCAAGGUGUCCUCUCGAGGGGUGGCCACUGUUGAGGUGUGGGCCAGCAACCAGUCCAGAUCCACCCGAAAGCAUCCACUUGGUGGUCCGGCUCGGCAUGUGGACUGGACUGAACCAGCACUCUUGCCUCCGCUUAGGAAAAUCUCGCCGGGUCUUGGCACGUCUGCGGGAAAGAAGGAGUAUCAAGUGUGA